CAUCUCCACUGUCUCUCUCUCUCUCUCUUCCUCUCACAAACAAAGGACAAAGCGAAAGGAGACGAUCGAUCAAAACACCUGCACUCCCAGAAAGCUCCAUAAAUCCAAGCAAAAGAAGAAAUGAGUGAAUAAAUCUCCGAAAUGGCUCAUCUGCUAUUCUUCUCACGCUCUCCCACACCGUCGUCUUUGAGCUCCUCCGCCUUCUUCCACAUAUCCUCUAAACCUUUCCACACGCUCGGGAUUUCUUCUUCUACUACUUCUCCAAUUCGAGCUCCGAAGAGAAGGCCAAGGCACCCCCUGAUGCUUACCAAUCCCGUCUCACCGUCCGCCUCUUCGUCCGCGGAUUUCGACCUUCUUUCCACAACCGAGUGUUCUGAUGGCAGUGUGGUUUUCCGGUUUGGAAAUGCGAGUGAGGUCGAAACAAUUGAUGAAAAAGAGACCAUUAACAAGGACUUUGAACAUAAUUUAUGUGAAGAAAUUGAAUCUUGUGCGGAGAGAGGACAAAUAAGUGAUUCAGCUGAAUGCAGAGAGGAUGGUGGGGUUCUUGAAACCAAUGUGCAUAUACAGGAAGAUUGUGUUGAAGAUGAUAAAAAUAUAACUAAGAGUGCAAGAUUAGUUUCCGACGAUAUAAACAUGGGAAACCCUAAAAUCAAUUGCGAGAAUGAAGUUUACACAUUCAGUAUUUCUUUGAGUUCGGACUCCAUUGAAGUAUCUGGUACUUGUGCUUCUGAAAGAAGUAGCACAGAGAAUGCUGAUAUUGGGGUUGCUUAUCUCUCUAAGGCUGACAAGGAGCCUAGAGUGGAUACAAUGAUGAAUUACGUGACUGGUGAAAAAAGUAAUGACGGCGAUGUGACUGAAGUAAUGCAUGUGCCCACUCCAUUGGAGGCCAGACCAGUUCUCAAUGAGGAGACAAGCCAUAGCACAGUGAAUGAAUCUGUUGAUGCAGAUAAAAUUGAAAACUCGACCGUGUUAGAUGACAGUGCCCCUUCCUUGAAUUGGAAGGAAGAAUUCACUGUGCGCGAUACACAUGGAAGCAGUGCUGCUAGAUUAACAAGUCUCAAAGCAGUGGAAUUGCGUCCCAUUGCGAGUAGUACUACUGGGGAGAAAAUCUCCACAGAAGGAUUAUUCCUAUACAAUGGUGCUGCUUUAUUGCCACAUCCGUCUAAGGCAUUGACAGGUGGAGAGGAUGCUUAUUUUGUUGCUUGCCAGAACUGGCUAGGUGUGGCUGAUGGAGUUGGCCAGUGGUCACUGGAAGGGAUUAAUGCUGGACUAUAUGCCCGGGAGCUGAUGGAGAACUGCCAAAAGAUUGUGUCAGAUCCCAAAAGUGCUCCAGUGACCAAACCAGAAGAACUUCUUAUCAGAAGUGCUGCAGAAUCACAAUCUCCUGGAUCAUCUACUGUUUUGGUCGCUUACUUUGAUGGUCAGGUUCUCCAAGCGGCCAAUAUUGGGGACUCAGGAUUUAUGGUAAUAAGAAAUGGAGCUGUCUUUAAGAGAUCGUCUGCCACGGUUCACGACUUCAAUUUCCAGAUACUGAUUGAGAGAGAUGACGAUCCCUCAGAACUCAUAGAGGGGUACAAAAUUGAUUUGUAUGAGGGAGACGUGAUUAUCACUGCAACUGAUGGCCUUUUUGACAACUUGUAUGAGCAAGAGAUAGCUUCCGUUAUAUCCAAGUCAUUGAAAGACAAUUUGAAACCUCAGGAUAUAGCAGAAUACUUGGCCACGAGAGCACAAGAGGUGGGGCAAUCAACAUGUGCAAGGACUCCAUUUGCAGAUGCAGCCCAGGCAGCUGGGUGUGUGGGAUAUACUGGUGGCAAGAUUGAUGAUGUAACAGUCAUUGUGUCAUUGGUACAAAAGAGAUCCAGCUCUCACUCACAAUUGCAAGUGAGAGAACGCAAGAAUGACCAUAUUAUAGAAGAAAGAUGAUAAUUGAAGAGGUUUCCGAGGUGCCCAUUGCAGACAUGACCUGAGGUAUUUGAUCCAAGUCCAAAGGAGAAUCAAAAUCAAUGGAAAAGAGUGGUGUUGAUUGCGGGUUUCAGCUAGUUCAGCUGCCAAGGAUUCUUGUUCUGGUAUGAGAGCUUUGGAUUUCUGCCAUACACCAGAAGAAGCUGGGAUAAAGAGAUGGUUAAGAGUUAAGGAAUAUAUAUAUAUAUAUAUAUAUAUAUAUAUAUAUAUAUAUUCAGUUAUCAAUACAUUUUGUAUUAUUGUUGAUAAAUUUGAAGACGUUUAAUAAAUGAUAGAUACAAAUUUGAAGAC